GGGCGAAGCGACUUUCGAGUCCCGGGCGCCAAAAUCGGCACCGUGCUCUUCUUGCCUCCCACCACCAUGUCGUGGCCUUGUGCACAAAACGGACCGCCGCGGAGGAGCAUCUUCAAUGCCUGGGACCGCCUAGGACGCUCCGCGUACAAUCUGGACGACAACGCAUGCCACUGGGCCGCUCGCCUGGAACUUCGGCCGUCCCGCGCCCUGGCCUCGCUCCCUGGGAAGGCUCUUUGCCUCGAGACGGCAACGGCGGGUCUGUAAGGUGCGUAUCUCGUUUGUGCGGCGCUGACGAUACCAUUGUGCUCGCAGCGGGCUAUUCAAGCGUCCAAAUAGGUUUAGAAGCCGCUCAACGAAUACCGCCGUCUUGAAGCUCGGCAAGCUUCUCCGCUGGGGAGUCUCAUCACGCUAUCGAAGGUCACAGUGGACAUCCUUGCUCAGGCGCGGUCGAGUCCCGCAGCGCGUGAAGAAUGUCAACUUGGCGCGUGCAUCACGAGAUUCACCCGCGGCGGACUGCAAACGCGCCAGACGGCUGGUCACUUGAAGGUCGCAGUGGGCACACUCGUGCGGGUGCGGCGCGGUGACGGCGCAAUCAAGACCCCUGCCGUUUGGAAGCUCGCCAAGCUUCUCAGGCUCGCGGAACACUCAACGCGAGCGCCGCCGCGUCGAAGAUCAUCAAGCUUCUCUCACGAGAUGGCGAAGUGGACGUGCUUGUCGACUCGCGGCGGGGGGACGGUGCAGUCAAGUCUGGCAGCGCACGGAGAAUAUCGACGUGGCACGUACGAGGCGAGAUUCGACGAUCGCAGAUGGCCGCGCACCGUCCUGGUCCACUUCCCGUGCGCUGGAACGACAGCUGGGAGUCAACAGGCCCGGACCGCGCGAGCGGACCUGUGUCGAGUGCGGCGAGGGCGCCAAUGCCGCGCACGCGAAUUUCGCUACGUCAGCACGUGGGAGGGCCACGCACCGAAUUCCGACAACGCGCACCGGCCGGGCAGGAGACCAGGUGGGCGGGAGUACAACCGAAGAUCCGUGCUGCAGGGAGGCGGUCAAGUGCACACGUGCCGCCGCAAUAAGCUUCCCGAGAUAUCUGACCCUUCUUUCGUAGAUCCAGACCGCGCGAGCGGACGCGAACGAGCUGUGCGGAGACUCGCAGCGCAGAGGACAAGGCAAGGAACGACAUGGUGACGGUGUCGAGCGCUGCGAGGGCGCCAAUUCAUCGAACUCGCAUUUUGCGACGUCUGCGGGCGGGGAGCCCACUGUGCCAACGCACUAGUAACGUGUUUAUACGCCGCGAGGACGUAUCUCUCGCCUCUGGCGCGCUCUCACAACUUGGGGCUUGGGAGCGCACGGGACAAGGUGAGGAGUAAAAGGGCGACCGUGUCGAUCGCCGCGUGGGCGCGAAUUCCGCGAACUCGGAUUUCGCAGAGUCUGCGCCGAGUUGUUCGCGCGAACGCUCUGUGCAGCACGUCGCCGUUCUCGCGAGGGCAUGAGUCUCGCUCCGGGCGCGCUCGUGCAACUCUCGGCGGUGCGGCGGGCGAUUCGAGCGCCCGAGGGUGUUCAGCGCGUACGCCCGUUUGGAGACUCCCUCGCCUCCCCGUUUUUCGACUUUCCGUGCGCCUUCGUCGGUGGACGUGCUACGAUGUGUUUCCCGGCCUUGUAGAGUCUGUACGAAAUAUAUUUUGA